GCCGAGGGCGCGAGGCUGUUGUUGGCCGAUAAGGGCAAGGGAGGGGCGCAGGACUGCACCGUGCAGUCGUUACCUACCACUGGUUUCGAUCUAGGCCGCCGGCGACGCCGUCGGCGCGCCAGGAAGCGCACACACCAAAAGCAGCACAAAGCACGCUCCUGGCACAGUUAAGGCGCCGGCCGCGAAAGCACCAUGAACGUCCUCGCGGCGACGCGCGCCUACGUCGACCGCAUCGUGAGCGACCCGAACAACCCGGGCAUGAAGGUGUUGUUGUUGGACGCGGAGACGACGAAGACAGUGGCCAACGUCUACAGCCAGACCGAAAUUCUAGAUCGGGACGUGUUCUUGGUGGAGCGGCUCGACCAGGCGCGCGGCCACGAGCCGAUGCGCCACCUGAAGGCGGCGGCGUUCGUGCGGCCGACGGCGGCCAAUUUUGCGCUGCUAAGGAGGGAGCUCGCGGACCCGCGCUUCGGCGAGUACCACCUCUACUUCGCGAACGUCGCGCCGCGGGCGCAGCUGCGCGAGCUCGCCGAGUCCGAUGAUCUGGAAGUUGUGCGGCAGGUCCAGGAGUUCUACGCCGAUUUCGUUCCCGUCAAUGAUGCUUUAUUCACCUUGAACCAGCGCCAGGCGCUGCGCCUAAAUACGACGCGGCCCACCGCCGAUUUGUUGAGGAGGAACGUCGACGGCGUCCUCUCUUCUUUACUGGCGUUGAAGGUCCAGCCGGCGACGAUCCGCUACUCGUCGGCCUCGACGGUGGCCAAGGCCAUCGCGACGGAGGUCCAGCGCGCCGUCGCCGCGGACGGCAUCUUCCACUUUAAAAGGCGGGCGACGGCGUCGGACACGGGCGGGCCCCUCCUGCUGAUCCUGGAUCGCGCGGACGACUGCGUCACGCCCCUACUCUCGCAGUGGACGUACCAGGCCAUGGUCCACGAGUUGUUGGGCGUCAACAACAACCGCGUCCGGCUCAAGGGCACGGCGUCGGCGCGCGGCGACCCGAACCUCGACGAGGUCGUGCUGAGCGCGGCCGCGGACCCGUUCUACGCCCAGCACCAGCACGCGAACUUUGGAGAUCUGGGCACGGCCGUCAAGCAGCUCUUGGACGACUACCAGCGCCAAACGAAGCUCAACGAGAACAUCAAAUCGAUCGACGACAUGCAGUCGUUUCUAGAGAGGUAUCCGGCGUUCCGGUCGAAGUCGCUCAACGUGUCCAAGCACGUGGCGCUGAUCUCGGAGCUCUCGCGCCUGGUCGAGACGCACUCGCUCAUGGACGUGUCGCAGCUGGAGCAGGAGCUCGCGUGCCACGACGACGGCGCGUCGCAGCGGCGCGAGGUCCUCGCGAGGAUAGGCGACGGCCGGAUCGGGGGCGAGGACAAGCUGCGCCUCGCGCUGCUCUACGCGUUGCGCUACGAGCAGACGGGAAACGUCGAGGGUCUCAAGCUCGCGCUGGCCGAGCACCGCGUGGCGCCGGACCGGGUGAGCCUCGUCGACGCGCUGCUGCGCUACGGCGGGCGGAGUGCGAGGACCGCCGGCUUGUUCGGCGGCGACACGUCGCUGCUGGCCAAGUUUAGCAAGCAGGUCAAGUCGUCGCUCGAGGGCAUCGAGAACGUCUACGCGCAGCAUGUGCCGCUCCUGCUGGAAACGCUGGAUUUAGUUUCGAAAAACCGCCUGCCCGAGGCGCGGUACCCGUGCGUGACCGGCGCCCCGGUCCAGGCCCUGAGGCCGGCCGAGGUCGUCGUCUACAUCGCGGGGGGCGCGACCUACGAGGAGGCGACGAAGGUCGCCGAGCUCAACGCCAGCGGCGGCAUCCAGGUCGUGCUCGGCGGGUCGUACGUGCACAACUCGGGGACGUUCCUGGAGGAUCUGGACGACGCGUUCGGGCGGGGCGGGGUGUGA